GUUUCUGCAGCUUUCGAUGGCACCUCAUUUCCUUUUUAAUGGCCCCCCUCCCUCCUUAUCCACAAAAGGCAGCCUUUUACUACCAGGUCUCUAUCUACCAUGCCAACUUCUACUGCAACUGCAUACCUAGCAAAAUUAUCUGUGGUAAAACACUGCCGGUUUCCUCAGCAUCUCAUCCACGUCGCCGCUCUGUUUUCACGCACCCUGCUCAACACGUCUGAAAUCGAUCGAUCAGCAGGCCGGCCGGAGUUGACCCGCCGCCGGCGUGCCCCGUGCGACCACGGCCCCUCGAGCGACGGCGGGCCGUUCCCAUUCUUUUUCAGAAUAUAAAGAAAGAGGAGGAAGAGAAGCCGAGUUCCUCGAAUGGUAAGCAGGCGUUGACCGGAACAGGGUGGAUCACAUCGCCACCACUACCACCACCACCUGAUGAUUGCCGGAAAGAUAUACACAUCCCAUCCGAUCAGAUAGGUUAUCGUCUUCUAUGCUGAUGCGGAGAGAGAUUACCGGCCUUUGACUUUGCUCGGCGCGUCUCGGCUCGGCUCAUCUCGCUCGCCGGAGCCCGGACGCCGGGGAAGGGGGUAUGUGAGAUGGCGGCGCUGGAGAUCGCCUUCGCCGCCAUCAGCGUCGCGGUCAUCAUCGCCAUUGCAUACUUCCUCCACACGUGCUCGCGGGAGGCCACGCCCGUGCCCAUGCCGACGCCGACGCCCCCCGGCGCGCAGGAGGCGGCAGCCGGCGACGUGGAGCUGCAGGCCGGGAUGGACGAGGCCGCGAUCAGCGCGCUGCCCAAGGUGGUGGUGCGCGGCGGGGCCGGAGCGGCGUCGUCGUCGUCGUCCACGAGCUGCGCGGUGUGCCUGGGGGAGUACGACCGGGGGGACGUGCUGCGGGUGCUGCCGGACUGCGCGCACUCGUUCCACCGGCCGUGCGUCGACCAGUGGCUACGCCUCCGCCCCAGCUGCCCCGUCUGCCGCACGCCGCCGUCGACACCGGCGCCGGCAGCACCCUCGCCCAGCCAGACGUGAUUUCUCUUUUCUUAAACACUCGAUUUGCAAACCAAAGUGUACGUAUAGUUGUAUAUACUUCACUGGAAAUACUUUUCGUGGGUGUCGAGAAAAUCUUUCUUUUGUCCAAAUGGCUAUGCUUGCCGUAGGAGCAUCGCCGGCACAUCUCAGAACCAUCUACUUACAGUCAAAAAAAAAAACUAGAUAGAGACCAAAUUGGCAGCUUGAAAGAGUUCAAUUCAGGCCGUCUGAUGAAUGAACUGUUCCAAUGAGGAUACAACAGAAGCCCUCAUCAUUAUUCAUUCAAGAUAAACAGAAACAUACAGAGGGUAUUCAGGUCUCACAACACAAUACACCACGGCUACAUGAUACACACAGACAACGGUAUAUAUGUCCCUAACAUUAACAAGUUAGAUAAA